AUGAUUCAUUCAUUUAUUAAUAAAUUUAUUUUUUCCUUCCACUCAAGGUUCGUUGGUUCAUUCGUUCGUGUUUCUUUCUUGCUUUUCUUUUUUCUACCUUCUCUCUGGACCAGUUCUCUCCCUUUCUUUUUCCUCCCUCCUUGUUUUCCUGAAUUUUUCCUUUCUUCCUGGCUUUCUCGCUUAUUUCAAGCAAACCUUUUUUCUCUUCUCAUUAGCUGCCUUAUUCAUUCUUACAUUUAUGCCUCUUUGCAUUUUUUUCUUUUUCAAAAUUCCUCCUCCAUUCUAUCUCUUUUCUUUCCUAUAAGUCAUUAUCAUUCCUCUUUCUUCCCAACCUUCGUUCUUUCGAACUUUCAUUCCUACGUAUCUGCCUUUCUUUGUCCUAUCUCCGUGGAUCAAAAACGACAGAUGAGAGCUAAUAGCAUUACAGCAGCGAUGCCAUCGCAAUAUUUAGAUUACAGCAUAAUAUUCCAAUCUAUCUAUCUAUCUAUCUAUCUAUCUAUCUAUCUAUCUAUCUAUCUAUCUAUCUCAUUCUGUUCAUAUAUAUCUCAUACUAUUUCUUUCUUUCUUUCUUUCUUUCUUUCUUUCUAUCUAUCUAUCUCAUUCUGCUCUUCAUAUCUAUCUAUCUAUCAUUCUGAUUCUAUCUAUAUAUCUAUUUCUAUCUAUCUCAUUCUGUUCAUAUAUAUCUAUCUCAUUCUGAUUCUAUCUAUCUAUCUAUCUAUCUAUCUAUCUAUCUAUCUAUCUAUCUAUCUAUAUCUCAUUCUGAUUCUAUCUAUCUAUCUAUCUAUCUAUCUAUCUAUCUAUCUAUCUAUCAUUCUGAUUCUAUCUAUCUAUCUAUCUAUCUAUCUAUCUAUCUAUCUAUCUCUGUUCAUAUCUAUCUUUCUACACGGUGAGAAGCUGGAAAAUCGGAGUCUAAAGGAUAAAAAUACAAAGGAAAGUGAAUAUGGAACAUCUAUCCAUUUAUAUAUUUAUCUCUUUUUGUUCAUAUCUAUCUAUCUAUCUAUCUAUCUAUCUAUCUAUCUAUCUAUCUAUCGCAGUCAGUACUGCAGUCUGUUCAUAUCUAUCUAUCUAUCUAUCUAUCUAUCUAUCUAUCUAUCUAUCUAUCACAUUCAGUUCAUAUCUAUCUAUCUAUCUAUCUAUCACUCUAUCUAUAUAUCUCAUUUAGUUAAUAUCUGUCUGUCUGUCUAUCUAUCUCAUUUAGUUCAUAUCUAUCUAUCUAUCUAUCUAUCACAUUCAGUUCAUAUCUAUCUAUCUAUCAUUAAUAUCUAUCUAUCUAUCUAUCUAUCUAUCUAUCUAUCUACCUAUCUAUCUAUCUAUCUAUCACAUUCAGUUCAUAUCUAUCUAUCUAUCUAUCUCAUUCAGUUCAUAUCUAUCUAUCUAUCUCAUUUAGUUUAUAUCUGUCUGUCUGAGUAUCUAUCUAUCUAUCUAUCUAUCUAUCUAUCUAUCUAUCUAUCUAUCACAUUCAGUUCAUAUCUAUCUAUCUAUCUAUCUAUCUAUCUAUCUAUCUAUCUAUCUAUCUAUCUAUCUAUCUAUCUAUCUAUCUAUCUAUCUAUCUAUGUUUUGUUCAUAUGCUGA